GCCGCGGCGACGCGCCCCGCACUGAAGUUUGCUCUCAGGAAUGGAAAAGUUUCAGAGCGACGUCGUCCUUUUACGUUUCAACAAAACCCGAAAGGAUUGGAAAUAACUAUCGACCAGGUGGAUAAAACCAGCGCUGGGGGAUUUGUGUGUUUUUAAAGGGCUUUUUUCCCUCACUUUGGAGCGGAGAGGAGAGAGCUCAGCCCGGGAGGAGAGAUGAGUGUGUGGCUGGCCGCCGUGCUGCUGCUGUUGGCGGGGCCGGAGCCGGGCUGGAGCUCCGGGGGCUGGAGCUCCGGGGCCGGGGCCGAGCCCAGGACCUGCCCCGCGCCCUGCCGCUGCUCCGGGGAGCUGCUGGACUGCAGCCGCCUCAGGAAGGGCCGGGUCCCGGACCAGAUCCCCGGCUGGACGGUCCGACUGGACCUGAGCCAUAACAAACUGCAGUUUCUUGGCAAGACCCUGUUUUCCAAAGUACAGCAUCUAAGAGAAAUAAAGCUCAAUCACAACGAACUGGAGGAUAUUCCGGAUUUGGGUCCCUGCGCCUCAAACAUAACGACUCUCAUUCUAGCGCACAACCGGAUCAGCCGGAUCUCCGAGGAGCGGCUGCGGCCCUUCGUCGCCCUGGAGACGCUGGACCUCAGCAACAACAGCGUCGUGGACAUCAAGGCCGACUCCUUCCCCGCGCUUCCUCUCAAGAACAUGUUCCUCAACAGCAACCGCAUCUCGUCGCUGGAGACCGGCUGCUUCGGCAACCUGUCGGCCACGCUGGAGAUUCUUCAGCUCAACCGCAACCGCCUGUCCGCCAUCCCGGCCAAGAUCUUCCAGCUGCCCAGCCUGCAGCACCUGGAGCUGAGCAGGAACCGUGUCCGCCGGAUCGAGGGCCUCACGUUCUACGGCCUCCACGACCUCCAGUCCCUGACGAUGCAGAGGAACCGGCUCAGCCGCCUGAUGGACGGAGCCUUCUGGGGCCUCAGCAGCAUGAAAGUCCUGCAGCUGGACUACAACAACCUGACGGAGGUGACGAAGGGCUGGCUGUACGGCCUGAAGGCGCUGGAGCAGCUCCACCUCGGACACAACGCCAUCAGCAGGAUCCGACCUGCCGCCUGGGAGUCCUGCCAGAAGCUGGGCGAGCUGAACCUGUCCUCCAAUCAGUUUUCCCGGCUGGAGGAAUCCAACUUUGACGGCCUGAGCCAGCUGGACGAGCUCCACAUGGGGGAUAACCGCGUGAGCUUCAUCGCGGACGGAGCCUUCCGCGGCCUCUCCGGACUGCAGAUGCUGGAUCUCCAAAAUAAUGAAAUAUCCUGGACCAUCGAGGACAUGAACGGGCCGUUCUCCGCCCUGGACAACCUGAAGAAGCUGUUCCUGCAGGGGAACCAGAUCCGCUCGGUCACCAAGAAGUCCUUCUCGGGCCUGGACGCUCUGCGGCACCUAGAUCUGAGCAAUAACGCAAUCAUGUCCAUCCAAGCGAACGCCUUCUCCCAGAUGAGGAGCCUGCAAGAGCUGCUCCUGAACACGUCCAGCCUGCUGUGCGACUGCCAGCUGAAGUGGCUCCCCGUCUGGGUGGCGGAGCAGACCUUCCUGCCCUGCGUCAACGCCAGCUGCGCCCACCCGCAGAUGCUCAAGGGCCGCAGCGUGUUCGCUGUCGGCCAGGAGGAGUUCGUCUGCGACGACUUCCCGAAGCCUCAGAUCACGGUGCAGCCGGAGACCCGCUCGGCGCUCAAAGGCACCAACGUGACGUUCCUGUGCUCGGCGGCGAGCUCCAGCGACUCGCCCAUGACCUUCGCCUGGAAGAAGGACAACGAGAUCCUGGAGGACGCGGAGAUCCACAACCAGGCCCACCUGCGGGUGCAGGAGGGCGCGGGCGGGGACACGGAGGUGACGGAGUACACCACCACGCUGCAGCUGCGCGGCGUGGAGUUCUCCAGCGAGGGGAAGUACCAGUGCGUCAUAUCCAACCACUUCGGCUCGUCCUACUCCACCAAGGCCCGGCUCACCGUCAACAUGCUCCCAUCCUUCACCAAGAUCCCCAUGGACCUGAGUAUCCGGGCCGGCGCCACGGCGCGGCUGGAGUGCGCCGCCGUCGGCCACCCGUCCCCCCAGAUCGCCUGGCAGAAGGACGGCGGCACCGACUUCCCGGCCGCCCGCGAGCGCCGCAUGCACGUCAUGCCGGAGGACGACGUGUUCUUCAUCGUGGACGUGAAGACGGAGGACAUCGGCGUCUACAGCUGCACGGCCCAGAACACGGCCGGGGCCAUUUCUGCCAACGCCACGCUCACCGUGCUCGAGACGCCAUCGUUCCUGCGCCCGCUCAUCGACCGCACCGUGGCGCGGGGCGAGACGGCGGUGCUGCAGUGCAUCGCCGGCGGCAGCCCGCCCCCCCGGCUCAACUGGACCAAGGACGACAGCCCGCUGGUGGUGACGGAGCGCCACUUCUUCGCCGCCGCCAACCAGCUGCUGAUCAUCGUGGACGCCACGGAGGCGGACGCGGGGAAGUACACGUGCGAGAUGUCCAACGCGCUGGGCACGGAGCGGGGCAACAUCCGGCUGGCCGUCCUCUCCAACCCCAACUGCGACCCGGGGGCGCCGGGCGGCGCCGGCAUGAGCUUCGUGAACUCGGGCUCGGCCGAGGACGGCUGGAACACGGUGGGCAUCGUCAUCAUCGCCGUGGUGUGCUGCGUGGUGGGCACGUCGCUGGUGUGGGUGGUCAUCAUCUACCACACACGCCGCCGCAACGAGGACUGCAGCGUCACCAACACAGAUGAGACCAACCUGCCGGCGGACAUCCCCAGCUACUUGUCCUCCCAGGGCACGCUGGCGGAGCGGCAGGACGGCUACAUCCCGUCAGAGAGCGGCAGUAGCCACCAGUACAUGUCCUCGUCCAUCAGCGGCUUCUACCUGCAGCCCAAAGACAUGAACGGUCUCUGCCAGCUGGACACGGGCAGCGAGCCGGACAUGGACGCAGCCAUGGACCCGCUGCUCUGCCACUACCAGUGUCCCAUCGGCUCGCUCUUCUGCCGAGAUAACAUCUACUCCAACGAGCCCUCGGACGCUUUCCCAGGCUGUCCCGGGGACCAGCGUGUCUGCGUGGAGUCGUACAGCGGCAGCCUGAGCAAACGCAGGGACUACUUCCUGUCGGAGCACUUCGACCUGUGCUCGUCCUCGGUGCUGAUGCAGCUUCCCAACGCCGGCCUGCAGCCCCAGCACGGCGAGCGCCGCCCGUCCGCCGAGGACGGCGACGCAGCCGACCCCGGGAAGCCCCCGGAGAGCGUCGGCUCGUCCAACACCUUCAUGGGAACCUUCGGGAAAACCCCCUGGAGGCCUCGCCAGGACGCCGGCUUCCCCUCGCCGCCGCCGAGCUACAACGGACUAACUCUGCACGAGAACCCGUACACGGCGCCGGACCUGGACCUGGACUCGGAGCGCGAGGACGGCGGCGCCGGCAAGGACUCGUCCUCGGAGCCGAUCAGCAACGUGUACGAACUUCCGUUCGACACCUGCAGGACUGAGUCUCAGCGCCGGAUGAGCACUUAGCUGGGCGAGCGGGAUUCCUGUUUUUCAUGAAGAGGACAACCAAAAACAACGAUCGUUUCUACCUCACUGAUGGACACUUGCAAUAAAGGACUCGGAUGACGUGCAACGAGUGAAUGUAAAGGCAGUCUGACGCUCCGGGACAAAGGAAAAGGAGCACAACAGCUGUAUUUCCAUGAUGCAGAUUCAGCUAAAUAACAUAGAUGAUUAUAUACAUUUUUAUAUAAAGUUUAUUAUAUUUUGUAAAUUGUAUAUAAACAGAUUUCAUUAUUUUUGCUUACAUCUUGUGUACGAUAGUUUUGCAGCCCUGCCUAUUCAUUUAUUUCAGCUUUCUGAAUGAAGCAUUGUUUUGCACAUAUGUACAAAAUAAAAGAAGAAUACCUUGAUUUGCGCCGCUACGUUCCUGUCAGUGCUCGUUUUCCGUGACAUUUCAAGGGUUAAAUACUGGACGCUGCAGAGGAUGG